CCCGGCUGUCGGGCAGAAGGGCGCGGGUUUCGUUUCCUCAGCGGAGGAGCGUUGCCUGGAAGAGGAAGGCCGCCUGAGGCGAAAGGCGGGAAUCCGCGCCGCGGAGCCGGCGGUGAGGGAGCGGAGGCCAUGGACGGCAGAGGGGAGCGGGGCGGGCGGAGAGGGCGGCCCGCGGCCUCGCGGGGCCGGGGCGCGGUGAAGGCCGCAGCCCGCAGCUCCUCGCUGGGCCGGGGCCGGAGCGCGGGCGGCGGGCCGGGGACCGCCGCCGCCACCCUCCGUGGAGCGCGGAGGGACGGAUCCGCCGCCCGGCGCGGCCCCCCGGCGAGGCGAGGCUCCGUCGUCAGGAACCUGCCGGCGGGCCCGGCCGCGGGGGGUGAAGAGGCCCCCGCCGCCCCUCGGAGCAGGGCAGCGGCCGCCGGAGCCCCCACGGCGCGGAGGCGAGCGGCGGUGCCCGAAGGGGCGGUCGUUCCCCCCGUGGCGGCCGCCUCGUCGUCGGGCGGCCCGCGGCUGCGGGAGGUGCUGUCGCGGCUGAGCCUGGGCCGGCAGGACGUGUCCGAGGCGUCGGGGCUGGUGAACCAGGUGGUCUCGCAGCUGAUCCAGGCCAUCCGGAGCCAGGAGGGCAGCUUCGGCUCCAUCGAGCGGCUGGGCGCCGGCAGCUACUACGAGCACGUCAAGAUAUCUGAACCGAAUGAGUUUGACAUCAUGCUCGUAAUGCCUGUUUCAAGACUUCAGCUGGAUGAAUGUGAUGACACUGGAGCCUAUUAUUACCUAACAUUCAAAAGAAAUCCGAAAGAGAAGCAUUUGUUUAAGUUUUUAGAUGAAGAUGGAAAAUUAUCAGCCUUUAAAAUGCUUCAAGCACUAAGAGACAUUAUUAAACGAGAAGUAAAAAACAUUAAAAAUGCAGAAGUAACUGUGAAAAGGAGGAAGGCUGGAAGCCCUGCAAUAACUCUUCAGAUCAAAAAUCCUCCAGCAGAAAUAUCAGUGGACAUCAUCUUAACUUUGGAAGUUCAGCAGAGCUGGCCGCCCAGCACACAGGAUGGCCUCAAAAUUGAACAGUGGCUUGGAAGAAAAGUCAGGGGAGAGUUCAGAAACAAAUCACUUUAUUUAGUAGCCAAGCAAAACAAAAAAGAAAAGGUUCUAAGAGUUGCAGACACUGGUACUUACUGCUGUGGAACAGUUUUAACAAUCUUGUACUCAACUUUAGGAAACACCUGGCGACUCUCUUUCUCGCAUAUUGAGAAGGCCAUGCUGAACAACCACGGCAGCUCAAAGACAUGUUGUGAAUCUGAUGGACCAAAGUGCUGUAGGAAAGGUUGUCUUAAGCUUCUGAAGUAUCUUCUAGAGCAACUUAAAAUGAAAUAUACAAAACAGUUGGAAAAAUUCUGUUCAUAUCACGUCAAAACUGCUUUUUUCCACUCGUGUGUCAUGUGGCCAAAUGACACAGACUGGCAUUUGGGAGACCUGGAUCACUGCUUUCAGAAAUACCUGGGAUAUUUUCUGGAUUGCCUGCAAAAAUCUGAGCUGCCACACUUUUUUAUUCCCCGAUACAACUUGCUCAGCCUGGAAGAUAAAGCGAGCAGUGAUUUCCUUUCAAGACAAAUAAACUAUCAGUUGAACAACAGAUUUCCAAUAUUUCAGGAGAGGUAUUAAAAACAUUGUUUACAUUAGCUAUCUAAUCAUGUAUAUUUGCAUAUUUAAAGCCAGAAGUUCUGCACCUUAAGUUACUCCUCAGUAGUCCUAUACUACAAAAACCAAAACAAAAUCAAGGACACUAAGAGAAAGUUGCAUACUUCAGUUGCACUGCUUAGCCAUAACCCUUAAAAGAAAUAGGACGGUUUAAGUAACAUUUAUCUUCCCUAUCCAAAUGUAGAUAUCACCUGCAAAAUAUCUUCAAGGUAUGCAAAGAAAGUACAGAAGAAUUUGCAGUAGUUAAGUUUCCCACAUGUAACUUCUACGAUUCCAAAUAUAAAGGCAUCAAUGACUGGGUAAAGUGAAAAAUGAUGAUUUUAUUUAAAAUGAAGAUCCAUUGCAGAAUAUCCAAAAUACAUCCCUGCUUUCAAAAGAAAACAAUAAAAAGUCACUGGAGUUACUUUGACAUAAACCAGAACAACUUCUCCAGAUCAGCUGGGUGGAUGAAGACCUUUUGCAGAGGACAGUCACCAGCAGCAGAGAGAGAAUAUGGUAUCAAAACAGUAUGAAGUUCCUGAAGUAACUUACCUUCUCUGAGUCUUCAGAAUUGCUUUAGAAAUUAGUCUUUUCACUGGACUUUGGACAGGAAGCAAUCAUUAUCUAAUGUGCUGCAAAACAGUACAUGUUAUUGUGCCAAUGAGCAUUUGUGUGACAACUCUUGUGGAAAGAAAUGUAUCUUCAACCCGUAUCGAGGAGGCAGAGUGUCCAUGUGAAAGGUUAUCAAAACCAAAAUGCAGCAUGAAUCUGACAUUCUCAGAAUUGGAAUUCAGCUCAGUUUUUCUUAUGUUGAAGAGUAUGUGUUUUAGGAAAAAAAAUAAUAAUUGUAAUAUUUCCUAUUAUUGAAAUCGUGCAGGUGAUAAAUACGGAGCAUUUGGGAACUGCUGUGCUGUAUUUUGCUUUUUCUUAAAGAAGCCAUGGGAAGUCCAUAUUUUUAGCCUACUUUUUGAAGGCAAAAUAACCUACUGGCUUAAAUAAUGCCCAGACUUCACCUCAGUUAUGAGGAUAUAAAAGAAGAGGGAAGGCCAGAAGAACAUUUAGAGAAUAAUUUUACUAUAAUAGUCUCAUCUUACUAGAUUCAGUUUAUUAUUCAUUUCAUCAUAUGACAUGAGUAAACACAAGUUCAGACUAAGUGUCAAAUGAAGGAAUAGCUCCUUCCCAUGUAACUUCCAACAAGUGAAAACACACCCCAUUAUCAUUAGCAGUCUGUGUGACAGAACCUGACAUCCAAACAUAAAAUUUGAAUCAACUCUAUCUGAAAAAAAUAGAAGCAGACCUUGAAA